CCUGCCGCCUGGGGCAAGCGCUUUCCUCGCCGCGGCCUCGCUCUCCCCUCUGCGCGUCUCCGCAGGGCACCUCAGGUCGCUUCCAGCUGUGGCUUUCUAGGAGCAGAGGUGCCCUUGGUAGGGGCCCCCCUGUGCUGAGACACCCGACAACACCCCGAGGGCACGUCGGCCCCAGGAGCUCCGUGGGCCAGCCCCCGCUCGGCUCUCUGGGCCUCACUUUCCUCAUCUUUAACAUGAAGAAUAGAUGUGGAGGAGGGCGUCUGAAGAGGGAGGAGCAUUCAAGAAGAGGGCCGAAAGGCCGAGGGUCCCGCUGGAAACUCUCCGUCCAACUUGCAGCGUCGGAGCCCCAGGAGAUCCCGCCGCCCGCUCCGGGGGGGGUGGGUAGGGCGGGGCUGCCACGUGACCCGAUUGCUAUAGCACCUGCGGUAACAAUCUCCGCCGCUCCCCACGCCGACCUCACCACCCCACCCACGCCGCCUCCCAAGCCCUGGGAAGCCCCCCCCCCCCCCACCCCCGGGGCACCAGACACCCACAGAGGCACUCCAGCUUCAGGGCGCUCUGGGAGAGAAGGCCGCUCUAGGACAAGCAAGAUUCGUCUUCUCUCCUAAAUGACCACUGAGGAAGACAAUGAAUGAAGUGAAAGAAUCCCUGCGAAGCAUCGAGCAGAAGUACAAGCUCUUCCAACAGCAACAGUUCACCUUCAUCGCCGCUCUGGAACACUGCAGGGAGAAUGCCCAUGACAAGAUCCGGCCCAUCACCAGCAUCGGACAGGUCCAGAGCUACAUGGAACACCACUGCAACAAUUCCACAGACCGGCGCAUUCUGCUCAUGUUCCUGGACAUCUGCACGGAGCUGAGCAAGCUCUGCCAGCGCUUCGAAGCCCUGCACUCUGGCACCCCGGUCACCAACAACCUCCUUGAGAAAUGCAAAACCUUUGUUAGCCAAAGCAAUGACUUAAGCAGCCUUAGAGCAAAGUAUCCUCAUGACGUGGUGAACCACCUCAGCUGUGACGAGGCCAGGAACCACUACGGAGGUGUGGUCAGCCUCAUCCCCAUCAUCCUAGACUUAAUGAAAGAAUGGAUCGCCCACUCGGAGAAGCUGCCCCGCAAAGUGCUGCAGCCUGUGAGUGAGCCCCCGGCAUGCCAGGAAGCCACUGGGGCAGCCACUCGCCCUUCCCAGACCACAGGCACCCAGCCUUGGUUAAGAAAACACAAGUGUAGGCAACUUACAAAAGACACCCUCAAACCCAGGGGGAAAGACAAAGGAUGUUCCAAACCUCCCUGGAGACCACCUGGUGGGAAACUGUAACUCAGCCGGUGACCUGCUCUAUCCCCUUCCCAAUCCCGCAUGUGAGGUGCUUUGUUACUAAAUGUGGUUUCCACUGCUUGAUCUAUUUUCAUUGGCGCCCACAGUCCCUGCCACUUGUUAACCCCAAAGGGGACUGCCCAGUAUAUCAGUGAGAACUUCUCUCCCGCUCUUGCUUUAACGUCUAACUUCCUCACCUCUGAGCGUCAGGCUCUGUGCUGAUGAAGAGGACCCCCACUUACAGUGUUGUGGGUAGAGGGUGUCCUGGGAAGGCUGGUAAAGCGCUAGGGGCACUGCCUGCCUGCCCAGGUCCUCUUGGAGCUCUCACCCACCACUCUGCCAGGCCCGUCCACACUGCAGGUCCAGCUUUCCAGGCUGAGCCACCUUAUCCCAGAGGAUGGACAACUUUCUGGCAUUGGGAAGGGAAGAGGGGGAGAAAGCUCCUCUGCCUUCACUCCCAGGGGAGACUGCACAGCUGUUUUCCCGCCGCGGCAGCAACUGUAGGAGAGGAACUGCUCUCUGCUCCCACCUCCCAGGAUGCUGAGGGGUCGGCACGCUGAACUUGCUCAGUGCGCUUAGGUCUCUGGACCAAAGCCCAAUGGGAAACGAACCUGCCUAUCUUCUCCUUUACUUGGGAGAGGAAGAUGAUGGGAGAAGCUGGAAGAAUUCUGAUGUUGCGGCUCCUGUCCAAGGACAAUCACCUGAUUUUCACAACAUAAUUGAGGCCCGCGCUUUGUAAGAUGUGUCACUGGCUUCUGAGCUUGCCAGAAGCACUGACUGUUGCUUUUUCCCUUCACAGGGGGCGACCUAGCUUCUGUGUUCUUGCUUCCUCGGGGGCGACAGUCAACAAUAAAACGUGUUCUACCGCCUCUCUGCCUGGCGUGGUUUCCGGGGACUCAUCCCUUAAACUACAUGUAUUUUAAGAUACCAGAGGACAUUGGGCAGUAGCCUCCCAAGCAAAACAACUAGCAAAGAGCAGCCACUAUAGACAGGAGUACACCCAGCUCCAAAAGAUUUUGCUUGGAAGAGGUUCGUGCCAAAGACCUAGAGAAGGCCAGCACAGUAACUCCCUGUAUAGUUAGAGACCUAUUUAGACAAGAACAUCUGAAUUUUCUAGACAAAAUUAAAAACUGCCACCUCUGAGUCUUCGUCUUAAAGGAUCUGCUUCCUCCAUUAAAAUGGGCAGAGCAUACCGAUUUCCAGGGGCAGCCAGGCAGGGGCAAGCAGUUGAAAAUCACAUUGCAAAUGGAGCUCUUCAUCCCUGGUCCUUUCCCAGCAUGCCUC